AUGGCUUGUCAAAACCCCCCACCCAACACAUUAUUUAACAGCAGCUCAAAUGAGCAAAAAUCGAAGUCGGAAAAGGAGUGGAGCCCUUUUGGGCGUAGCUCCAAGGUCAAGAGUUCGCCACCAGCGAACAACGUUAAGGCAACUCCACCGCCUGCAACCUUUAAGGGCUCAAAUGAGCUCCCCCCACUAAGAUCUCCUUUGACAAGUGGAGAAGGAAAAGUAGACGUUGAACCGGCGUUGACGGGAACCCUCCUGGAAAGUACAGCGCCGAAAAUCAGCCCCCAGAUGUCGGAUCCCGAACUUCAGCGUUUCCGUCAACAAUAUGACGAUGCUGAUGAGGAGGAGUCUGACCUCCUGGUAGAGAUGAUGGACCUCAUCAACAAUAUGGAGGGAACCUUGAAGCUCCGGACCAACGUAAACCGGUCAAUCAAGGACGGUCUCCCAAAGGUGAAGGAUCGGGUUGCCCGAGUUCUCGAAAUUAAAGGCUUGAUGAGACAGGCUUUAGUUAAUGAACGGGAGCUUGUGAACCAAGUUUUAGCCCCUAAACUGAACGACAAGGGCGGGAAUCAAAGGAAACGGGCAAGGAGCUCACCAGCGGAUAGCCCCGAUCUUUCUGAAUUGGCCAAUCAGCCUCUGUCAGAUGUCGAGCAGAAGGUCGAGGACAGGGCCACCCAGAUGACACCCCCUACUGAGCACACUCCAGCUCUAAAGAAGCGCCCUCAACAAACCAGGGAGCUUGCCUCUCUACCAACGGUUAACGGAAUCAGCUCUAUGAACUCUGCUGUGGCACCAUCAAAUGUGGGUAACUGGGAGAGGAGGCUUUCCCGCAAAGAAAAGAGGAAAUUGAGACGAAUGGAGGCUGUCUCUAACAAAGAACCUGCAGCAAGAGAUCGAAAGGUUGCUGACCCUGCUCCGGCGAGGGAGGUUCGUGGAAAGGCCCCCCCUGUUUCAAAGAAACCCAGGCCGAGAAAGCCCAGGGCUGAGGCAAUCCUGAUCAACCCCUUAGGGGGGCGAUCUUUUGCUGAAGUCUUGGGUCGACUCAAGUCUAAGGCCAAGCCAGAGGAGACGGAUACGAUUGUUAAGUCAAUCAGGUGUACCCAGAAUGGGAAAGUUCUCCUCGAGCUGGGGAAAUCUGGUGACCGAGUGGCUUUUGCUGCAAAGGUCAGAGAGGCUCUGGGGGACCACGGUACCGUUCGGGAACUCGAGCCUAGGACCUCGGUGGAGAUCCGGGACCUUGACGGUCUUUCGACUGAGGCUGAAGUCAGGAAGGCUAUCAACAAGGCCAUCCCUGAUAUCCAAAAUGCCGACUCCCUUAAAGUAUGGCUUACGCGGCCCAACCGCAGCGAGCAACGCAUAGCUAUCGCUGAAAUGCGAAACCAAGAUGCCAGCAAGCUGCUUAAUCUCACACACCUGAGAAUUGGAUGGGUCAAUUGCAGGCUCAGACGGAGGGUGGUUGUACCGCGAUGCUUUCGCUGCCUCGGGUUUGGUCACUCUUCCCGAAACUGUAAGGGACCCGACCUAUCCAAGAAUUGUUUCAGGUGUGGCGGCUCGGGCCACAACAGGAAGAACUGUACCGCAGCAGAGCGUUGUUUUCUCUGCGCAGAGAAAGGCCAAAAGGACGCCUCAUUAGGUCACAUCCCAGGGGCUGGGCGAUGCAGUGUUUUCAAGGCUGCACUCGACCUUGAGAAGGCUAGGUCUAGGAAAACGGCUGACUCCCUCUUAGAUCAGCUGGCCCAAGAGAUCGGUGCGGACACCCUUCUGAUCAGCGAGCAGUACCGUGACAGGGACCCACACUUCUGGUUCCCAGAUUCUCUUGGUACUGCCGCUUGUUGGGUUCGAAACAGCACGGAAGCACCAGUGCGAGAUCACGGACGCGGCCGAGGCUUCGUUUGGGUCAGGUGUAGGGACGUCACGUUUUUUAGUGUCUACCUUACCCCCAACGAGCCAAUUCGGGAAUUCCGUCUGAAGAUUGACCGCUUAGAAGACAGUGUACGGGGUACCGUUGGGCAUGUCGUUGUUGCUGGUGAUUUUAAUGCGAGGGCUGUGGAGUGGGGUAUGACCUCUACAAACUCCCGGGGGAAAUACAUCCUGGACUUUGCCGCCAGGGCCGGACUUGUCGUCUUAAACGAGGGCGACACGCCUACUUUCCGGCACCCCGGCAUGAGAGGUACGAUCCCCGAUAUCUCCUUCUCGUCGGAAUCACUACUAGCACGGAUCUCCAACUGGAGAGUCAUCGAAGACCUCACGGCAAGUGAUCAUCAGUACAUCGUUUUUGAUAUACUGGAUGAACACCAUAAUCAGGCGCCUGUAUCACGAUCUGGACCACGCCGAUGGAAUACGGACAAGCUGGAUGUUGAGAAGUUCACUGACGUAAUCUCACGGGGAGCGCUGCUGAAUUCUGCUGCACCUGUUGACGCCGAGGCAUUGGUAACGUCCACGAUGGAACUGAUUGUCUCGGCUUGUGACCAGGCCAUGCCACACAGGGGACGCCGUCGCGAUAAGCAAGCUGUGUACUGGUGGACUUUAGAGAUCUCGAACCUUCGGAAAGCUUGUCUGAAAGCCAGACGUGCCGCUAUGAGGGCCAGAAGAUUCCCGGAUUUCGAGGCUAAGUCAGCGGCUUAUAGGGCUGCGAAGAAAGCUCUUCGUCGGGCUAUCAUCAGGAGCAAGGUUAGCUGUUGGAGGAGGCUUCAGGAGGAUGUUGACUCUGAUCCUUGGGGACUGGGCUACAAGGUUGUAACCCAGAAACUCGGCGCCCGAUCACCACCUUCCAUCAUGGAGGGCACCACCAUGGACAGGAUCGUCACCGCCCUCUUUCCGUCUCAUCCUCGGCGGCCUUUUUUCGACUAUGGCGAGGUAGGGGACAUUCCACUCUUUAGCAUUAAAGAGCUGGAAUCAUCCGUCCUCUCCCUGAAAAAUAGAAAGGCACCUGGUCCUGAUGGUAUUCCCAGUGAGGCUCUCAAGAAGGUAUUCUCGGUUAACCCCCGCUUACUGCUGAGAAUGUACAACACAUGCCUGUGCGAAGGGGUUUUCCCAACUCCUUGGAAAAGGGCUAGGCUUGUGCUAAUCAGCAAGGGGAAAGGUGACCCGAAUACGCCGUCGUCUUACAGACCCCUCUGUAUGUUGGAUGUGGCCGGAAAACUUUUCGAGAAACUGAUCCGCUGCCGCCUGACGUCUGCCGUGGAAGCUGCCGGAGAUUUGUCUCCUCGUCAGUACGGCUUCAGAAAGGGUCGGUCAACAAUCGACGCGAUAUCCGAGGUACACAGAGCGGUAGAGCGUGCCGAGAGCUUCAAUCAUUACUCUCGCCGUAUCGUGCUUCUUGUUACGCUAGAUGUCAAGAAUGCUUUUAACUCGGCGAGAUGGGUCGAUAUGUUGAGCGCGUUGAGGAACAGCUUCCGCGUACCAGCAUAUCUGUUGAGGCUGAUCGAGGACUACCUGCGCUGCAGAACUCUUAAUUACGAAACUAAAGAUGGUUCGCGGACGAUGGAUGUUACUUCCGGUGCCGCGCAAGGUUCGAUACUCGGCCCAGAUUUGUGGAACGCUGCCUACGACAGCCUUCUGAGAUCUGAGAUGCCAGAGGAGACCGUUUUAGUUGGGUACGCCGAUGACGUUGCAGCCCUCAUUGCUGCACGCAACGUUGAGCUAGCCCAACUGAAACUGAACCAAGUCAUGCGCGUUGUAAACGCCUGGAUGACUGAUCAUGGUCUGACACUCGCUCUGAGCAAGACAGAGAUCGUCAUCCUCACGAAAAAACGGAUUGAAACCAUCGUUCCGCUACGAGUUGGGAACGUAGUUGUCCAAAACCACGCGAACCGCCAAGUACCUUGGUGUCAUGGUGGACAACAAGUUGAGCUGGAGGGACCAGAUCUUCCGUACGGCGGACAAGGCUGCUAG